AAUAGUAUAUCUCUUGAUUCCAUUUCCCUGUCGUGGCAGCCUACCGAAACGUUACUGGAGCACCUUUUUACACACACCUCAUGGGAAAUCCCAAAUAACGAGCACCUUGUGACUUUGUUUAAGUGCAAAUUAGGAACCGCACGAGACGUUUUGACGGCAAGCGGCGCUUUGCAGAGGAAUUUUUAAAAUAGAAAAGCCCGGUACUGUGCAGUUGCAUACCCUACCACUCCACUUGCGCUUUAUACGGAGUGGCUUUGACUUUUUCAUCCUCGUUUGUCUCAAAGCAACCGUAUUCCCGUCCAAAACAGUAGAAGAACCUGACGGUUGUGACAUUUUAACAAGAAAUUUCACCUGGAAAUCAAGUGGAUCCAAUUGUUUCUGGGCGGAGGCCAACGGUCACACAGAACAAACUACAGGCCUGGGGAUAUCAUUAACCUCCACACACAACAGGAUACUGAUCUUGUCCGGUCCAGUCCAUUCGUCAGUCCUAGGGCCAGCACAGGGGGGUCGCUCCGGAGGCUAGAGCCCGCCCGGACCGGGACCCUGUGAUGUCGCACUGACUGACCCCCCUACCUGCGAAUGACCAGCGAGCGUCCGAGGGUGGGGCCCGCCUCAGUCUCGCAUGAUUGGCUGUUGGAUGGAAUUAAGGUGAAUGGAACACAUGCCCAAGGAGCAGGACCCUAGCCUAUCAGAGGGAGAAGAGAAACGGUGGAUCGAUGGCCCGAAAAGGAAAAGAAAGAGCAGCUCAUGUUCGGUGAAGAGCAUGUCUGAAAUGAAGGGAUACGGACAGACUGGAUCAGAGAAUACAGGGUACAUCCCCAGCUACCUGGAGAAGGAUGAACCGUGUGUGGUGUGUGGAGACAAGGCCACUGGCUACCAUUACCGCUGCAUCACCUGUGAGGGCUGCAAGGGUUUCUUUCGGCGGACGAUUCAGAAGAACCUCCACCCCGCCUACUCCUGUAAGUACGAUGGCUGCUGCAUCAUCGACAAGAUCACCCGCAACCAGUGCCAGCUGUGCCGCUUCAAGAAGUGCAUCGCAGUGGGCAUGGCCAUGGACCUUGUGCUGGACGACUCCAAGCGGGUGGCCAAGCGGCGUCUGAUCGAGGAGAACCGGGAGAAGAGGAAGAAGGAGGAGAUGGUGAAGACCCUGCAGAACCGGCCAGAGCCCACCGGCUCGGAGUGGGAGCUGAUCCGCAUGCUGACCGAGGCCCACCGCCACACCAACGCACAGGGCUCCCACUGGAAACAGAAACGCAAGUUCCUGCCGGAGGACAUAGGUCAGUCUCCGGUGGCCCCCACAUCGGACGGAGACAAGGUGGACCUGGAGGCCUUCAGUGAGUUUACCAAGAUUAUCACCCCUGCCAUCACCCGCGUCGUCGACUUUGCCAAAAAACUGCCCAUGUUCUCGGAGCUGCCUUGUGAGGACCAGAUCAUCCUAUUGAAAGGCUGUUGUAUGGAGAUCAUGUCGCUGCGCGCCGCCGUGCGCUACGACCCAGAGAGCGAGACACUGACCCUUAGUGGCGAGAUGGCGGUCAAGCGGGAGCAGUUGAAGAACGGCGGCCUGGGCGUGGUGUCGGACGCCAUCUUCGACCUGGGCAAGAGCCUGGCGCAGUUCAACCUGGACGACACGGAGGUGGCGCUGCUGCAGGCCGUGCUGCUCAUGAGCUCAGACCGCUCGGGCCUGACGAACAUUGACAAGAUCGAGAAAUGCCAGGAAACCUACCUGCUGGCGUUUGAACACUACAUCAACUACCGCAAGCACAACAUUCCCCACUUCUGGCCCAAGCUGCUGAUGAAGGUGACAGACCUGCGCAUGAUCGGGGCGUGCCACGCCAGCCGCUUCCUCCACAUGAAGGUGGAGUGUCCGACGGAACUUUUCCCCCCUCUCUUCCUAGAGGUCUUCGAGGACCAGGAAGUGUGAGUGGCACCCCCGGAGGAAGUAGUGGAGCAACUUGAGGCAUCUUGGGAAAGGAAGGGAUGUUUUUCUGAAGCUGGGAAGGAUUUUGGCAGGACUUGUGUUUUUCCGACAUUUACGUGGUAAACAACAAACAACGCAACCAGCAACAGGAGUCAAACAAACAGGAUUUAAUUUUUUUUGACCAACCACCUCUUCAUACCUGUUUUUGGGAAUCAGUUUGGCGGCCCUCCCUGUCUGAGCACGGUGUUUUAUCCAGUGGGAGUUGCAGCCCUUUGCCAAGGCCAACACACACAGACACACACACUCUGGCUCCCCUCUCAGAGCCCUAUUGAAGGCACCUCAGUUGUCACACAUUGCCACUAGAUGGUGUUCUUUGCAGGUUUGCACCUGUUUGAAUUUAUGGCACCCAUCUUUUAAAACCGGUCAGUUAAUUAUACUCCCCGAAUUAGUGUAAGACAAUGAUUCAGGAGAUGCGUCACUGACAACACACCGGGACACACAGAGGUACUGAGUGUGCCAUAUAACUCCUACCGUAGAGCAAAGCUACUAGUACCUACAAUCAUGGCUGAACACAACUGAGCCAUUUUCAGACUGGACCGUGAGCAUGUUUUUAACCAAGUCAGGUGCUGUAUUAUAAGGCUACUCCAGUUGUCUGAAAUGUGUAAAUGUGUAAAACUACAGACCACGGCUCCGUAUCUACCUUUGGUUCUGUCAUUAGGCAAGCGCCUGUGACUGGCACUCUCUCAAACACACACACACACACACUGGGCAGACCUGCCUUGUCAUUGCCUGUGCUUCUGGUGCCAACAGUAGACCCUCUCAUGAAUGACAAUUGAGCCCUUUUCUCUCCACGGAAGGUCAUAACAGUGAACAAAAGAGAGAAAGAAGGAGAAGCGCCACUGGCAGGAGUUCUCAGAUGAGAGGGGGGAGAGAGGGAAGAGGGGAGGAGUAGGGGAGAGAGGGAAAAUAUAGAUUUAAUAGCUGGCAAGCAGAUUCAGUGCCUGGAGACUGAACAGCAUCCUGAAACACACACACACACACACACACACACACACACACACACACACACACACACACACACACACACACACACACACACACACACCUACCCUCAGAAACUCAAAGCCUUAUUUACUGUAUAUACUGCUGUGCUGUAGCCCUGACCUGCAGGGUAAGUAAGUCUGAAUCCGCGCCUGUGUGACUCAGCUCAGUAUGGCCCCUUCAGGCCUCCAUACUCAGUCGUCGUUACUGUAGGGGUCACUGAGAAAGGGCAAGGCCAAUGACGGCUGCCAUUUACCUCAAAGUGGGCACACCCUCAAGGCUGGGGCGCCGCCAGGCUCUACCUCACCUCUGGACACAGGGCAGCUGCCCCCAGCCUCCUCCCACACACACACACACACACACACAUACACACACACACACUUUUAAGGAUACUCAACAAACACACAUAGGCACGUGUGAACUCGUAGGCACACAUACAUUAAGACAAAUCACACAAACACAGGAUACACAAUGUCAGUGUUAUCACUCAGACAAAAGGAAAUACCACUGAAGACAGGAGGGCCUGCCUUUCCCUACGGUCACUUAUCUCUUUUUUGGGGGAGGGGAGGAUGGUAACCAUUAUGUUCAGCUUUUCUCUUUUUUGUUAUGUGGGACCAAGUUUCUCAAUUUGGAAUUUGGAAUCACUCUCCUUUUUUUUCUUCUGUUGAAACUGAAGCAAAUCAAUCACGUGACGGAGUACAAUGGACAGUCCAGCUGUCGCCCUGGAAGAGGAGCGAUACACCGUGAGGAAGCGUAGAACCCCAAGGUGGCCAGGCCGUAACUGGCUGUGUUUACCACUGUUUUUGAGGGGGAAAAAGUUCAAAUACAACAUAUUUUUAUUGAAUGCCAAGCAGUAGUUUUUGAACGAGUGCACGAGGCGGAGGGAGGGAGGGAGGGAUGAAUGGAUGGAUGGGUUUCAGCACCCCGGGAGCAUGUGGAUGAACGCCUGAAGACACGGGCGGAAUCGGGAUGGCGGGUACUCAUAGCAGAUGGCCAAGCGUCGCUGCCUCGACCUCAACCGCCGUAGGAGGAGUCCAAACUCAACCUCAACCACUGGAGGAGGAGUCAACCAAGAAAUCCACUGCAAGCAGACCUCAGACCGCUCUGGUGGAGCAGCCAGAAUCCCCUUCCAUAGUGCCCCACCCUCCCACUCCACUAGUCUCCCCACCCCCGGCCCUGGCCCAAGCAACGCUGGUCUGGGUUUUGCACUACUGCAGUGGUCCAAACCCCUCUCCCCACCCUCAUCAGCAACUACACAACCUAGCCCCAACUCAUCUGUCAGUCAUGAACCUUCCUCUGGGAGUCCUGGCCUACUCUAAUGGAGGCCCACUGGGACGGGGCUCCCAACCAACCCCGUCACAUUGUCAGUAUUAAAUCAACAGCCUUCCUCCAACCGUUACCCACUGGGCAGGAGACGUCCCUGGACACCAAACGGAAUCUAGGCCUCUCCCUUGUGAGACAAGGAUGGCCAUAGCAGCUCACUUAGGGUGGCGUCGCUGAAUGAAUGUGAACAGCGAAGCAGCAGUGGGAGCGAGUGAACGAGAGAGUAGGAGAGAGCGAAGGGAGCGGGACAGAGAGACUUCCUUCCAUCCUUCAUCUGGCAUGGGUUAGAGGGGGAUCGUCGCCCGUUGUCGAAGCACCGUUUGUGAACUUGGAGAAGGGGGAGAUGGCAGUAUAUCAGAUGGUCUCCCCCUUCACUUCUGCAUUGUAACAUUUAAUCCCCCCCCUCAUAAUUUCCACAAAUACCCCCUUCAGCUUUCCAUAAGGAGAACCACCAACUUUCAAAUGGAGACGAUCGGCAAGAGAAACAGAAUCGGCACUCAAUGGAUUAAAUUCCAAGCUUCUUUGAAAAAGAAUCAAUAACAGAAAAAAAGUUAUCGCAAUAGUGAUGUCCUUCAUUCUCGUGAGCCGAUUGGGUAUGUGUGUGACAAUAGGGGUUGAAAUGCUGCUUUACCUUCUGAGGAAUUUGUUUUUUGGGGGGGGGAAGUAUAUGAUUAUGAACCCAGAAAAGCGAAAUGAGGAAAAAGAUGACUUUAAAAAGACUCCUGAACAAAAGUUCAACGCUUGGAGAAUAAGCAGUUUCUUUCUCUCUACAUUUUAUCUCAAUGUUAUUUUUUGUUGAUGUUUGUUUAUGACGCUUAGACUGCUCUGUGUAAAACGGGGAAAAAGAGCAGCCGUAGUCACUUUUUGACGAUGCGUGCAGUGUAACGUAGACAGAAAUGUCACUUAUUUUUCACAUCACCUAUAGUUUGUGUUGACUUCUCUGUUGUCUGUGUAUUUGUCCGAUUGUCCGUCCCUUUUAUCAAGAGGAAUUUACAACAAACAAAAACAGGAAUAUUUUCUUUUUAUAUAUAUUUUGUUUCCUUUUUUUUUUAAUGAAAGACGACUUUGAAAAAAAAAACACAAACAGGAAAAAUAAUGCAACCCAAAAAAAAAAAAGUUUUAAAAAAUGAAACACAAUCUUCUCAUACCUCACACAACACAAAACUCAAAUGAACUUGGGAGGAGUGAUGAUUCACGGGCGCAUGUGGAAGUGCGCAAAACGAUAUGUGCUUGUGGCCCGUGCGCAUAUGCAGUGAUUACAGAAGACUUACCCUCAAGCCUUUGCGCUUGCUACCUAUUAAAUUGGUUCUAGGAGGAUCGUGGAUAGGACACCUAACAUUAGUAAAGUCUUGCAUCAUCAUCAGAUGCUGAAAUGGAUUGCUGGCUGGCAGUUGGCCACUCCCAGAUAUUUCCAUGACCAUAGAUAGUGAAGCCAAAUGUGAAUGGCCCAGAGCUUGGGGGAAGUCUUUUGUAAUGGCUGAGUGCUCUAUGGUAUUGAAUGUAGCUGACAGGACGGGGCUGGAUUUGAGCCCGGCACCCACAACCUCACUUCCGCUCACCAGCAGAACGGAUGGUGGUGUCACAUCGAUGUUACACACAAACAAACUGAGAAUAUUGCCCAUCUGCAAGGUGCAAUACUUUUUCACCCCCCCAAAAAAAACUAUGUUUGAUUUUUAUUUUGUUUGAUUUUGGCCAUAACCAAGGACGUAAAUUCAGAAAAUGAAAUAUGAAAAACCAGUAUAUGUACAAUCAUAUGCAACACUCACAAACUGGAUGUUGAGGCUUGAGCACUUCCUUGCCAGCUCCUGCAUCCCGCCAUCUUGUAAAGUAAGAAAAAAUGCAACGUCUAUUAAUGCUUCAUACAUCUGUGUGUGUGCUUGUGUGUGCACUCUCACAUGUCGACCCAUAUUCACAAUUACCCCAUGACUUUAUUAAGCUGACCCUGUGCCUCUUGUUCUCAGAAAGGAGAUAGCUAGCCAUCCCUACAGUAUGUCCAGGCAGCAAAUCUUAAUGCUUUCAUGGCUACAAUGUGUGUCUACCUACAACAGACUGGUCUCUCCAUGGUUAAUGAUGAGAGUGGGUAGAGAGUGGGGGGGGGGGGGGUAUUGACCUUAAACAGUGGUUCUCAACUGGUUUUGUCCCGGGACCCAAAAUGAAUCCGGUUGUCUCACUCGCGACCCAAUAUUUGCAUCGCGAAAAAUAAUUGCCAACAUACAAUCUGGAAAACUAUUAUAUGACGAGAACCACAUCCCCCGCCUCUUUCAUUGUCAAUAAUACAAUUUUGCUCAUAUUCUUGAUGAAGAAUGUUAAUAAACUCACUGGCUUGAGACCCACAAAAUCAACCAAAAUAGUGCUGCUAACAGCUCUAUAUUGAAGAAAACAUUUUCAGAGAUUAAAUCAUUUACACAUUUAAAUUCAUUAUCACACUUUCUACCUGGUUUAAGUCGUUUAAGUCAGCCUGGAGUAUUUAUUUAUUUUUAUUAAAAAAACAGUGAGAAUCAUUGAUCUAAAGUCCUUAAAUAACAAAGGGUAGGGGAAUGUCAAGACUUCACUAAUAUUCCCAAUAUAUCAGUUUGCCUGGCUACUGCCCACUACAUUCAUUUAGGAAAGCCCAUUAAAUGGAAUCCCCCAACACCCCUGUUCAUUCAUCAGCUGUCUUAUCAUGGUUCAGUCCAACAGGUUGACACAUGGGAAGAGGGACAGGAUUGUCUGUGAUGUUUUGUUUUUUGGGGUUUUGUUUGCUCCACCUUUACCAAACAAAAAAAGAAACGCAAGUAGCAAGAUGUCUAUGCAAUUCCCCUCCAACCCUUCCAAAAGCGUGCUCCCUUUACUGGCGAGCCAGCCUGCCAGCCAUGCUUAUAUUAAAGCGGUGUCAACCUUGUCUGGAUUCCCCCAACUCAACUGCAUAAAUCCCAGUGAUUCUUAUUUGAUCUGGGAGCAAAGACCCUUGCUACUCUGUGUUUGCCGAGGCUCAGGGCUUUCAAGUGAAUGGACCCAGGUUUGACGGGAUGCCCAAAGGCCUUGUCUUCAUUCUCCAACCAUGACCUAGCUCACCGGUUGGUGCCUGGGGACCAGCAAGCCCACUCGUUGAGAUGGCAAAAGGACAAGUGGAGUUGGAAGGACAAUGUUGAUAUCAUAGAAGAUUGGAUAGAGUUGUGCUGUUGUAAACUGCUCCAGAAUCUCUGUGCGUGUGCGUGAGUACGUGCAUGGCUGUAUCUGUGUUACAGUAUUUGUCUACACGAUACAACACUCUCAUGGUUCGGUGGAUCAAUUCAGUGCUACCAAACAAGGCCCAUGCAGCCUCAGACGUGAAUUGUGUCUUUGUGUUUUUCUUUUAGAAAUUAGAGUGAAAAAAUUCAUCACUUGCAUGGUUGAGCGUUAAAAUAUUGAAUCUACCCAGUAAGCAAAAUUACGUUGAAGAGAUGUCGAAAGUACGUAUUUUCCAGACGUGGAAGUAAGGUUCAUUUUCCAUUCUGAAUGGAAGUUGAAAAUAUGUAACAUUUUAUAUAAAUUAUAUAACAUUAAAUCAAUUGAAUAUUGGAAAGAGGAGCCAUCAGAAGAUUGCAGCAAAUAUUAUUUAUUAUUUCCUCCACCGGUCACAUGCGUUUAUGUGAGCUUGAUGUUCCAAGCAUUCCAACCUACAGAAUAAACCAGCAGACCACGGUUACAGAAAUAUUAUUUUCUUGCUAUGACUGUGAUAUGUUGUUGUUUAUCUACCUUAGUUGACUGUAAGUCUGUGGAAUGACCAAAAUGUACAUGUUAAAUGUAAAAACAGACACUUGCAAAGCAUUCUGUGUGUUAUUUGUAAAUAUAAAAUUGAACCUUUAUUUAAUUAGGCAAGUAAGUUAAGAACAAAUUAUUAUUUGCAAUGACAGCCUACCCCGACCAAACCCGGACGACGCUGGGCCAAUUGUGCACCGCACUAUGGGAUUCCCGAUCACGGCCGGAUGUGAUGCAGCCUGGAAUCGACCCUGGGAAUGCAGUGACGCCUCUUGCACUGAGAUGCAGUGCCUUAGACCGCUGCACUACUCGGGAGCCCUAAUGAGCUCCGCCCCCAAACAAGUACAAAUUUGGUUGGUCCGGACCACACCUAAUCUGAACAAAUCAUAGAUGUCAAGGCUAUGUUUCACAAGUUGGAACAUAACAGUACGUUACAGCACAGUACAGUAGCUACAGUACGGUAGAGUACAGUUUAGUUCAGUAGAGUAUAUUAGAGUAAUGUAGGGUAAAAUACAGUAUAUUAUACUGUACUAUACUUUACUGUGCUGUACUAAACUAUACUUUACCCUUCUUUACUUUAAUGUACUCUACUGUACUGUACUGUAAUGUACUGUGCACUGCUGUACUUGCUCUCCAAACUUGUGAAUCAUAGAUGUCUUUGAUUGGUUCAGAUUUGGUCUGGCUCAGACCAAAUCUGACGUAUAUGUUUGAGCCAAAUUAACGCCGGUCCGGACCAAAUCUGAACCAAUUAUAGAUGUCUGUUUGGGCCAAAUAAAGGCCGGUCCAGACCAGACCAAAUCUAAACCAAACAUAAACGUCUAUGAUUGGCUCAGACUCGCUCUGGUCCGUGGACGUUAAAACCGCACCAAAAAAAGAGGUCCGAGGGUAAAGUAAAGUAUAGUCCAGUAAUCCAAAAGACGUCAGCGUAAGUCCGUGCUUAGUGGGUAGUGGCCAAAUUAAUGUACUUCAAUACAUUAUGGUGCUCAGUGGGAGGUGAGUUACGUACGUUGGUGAGAUGCGAUUGGCAGGAUGACCUCUAACCUCUCCUCAUGAUGGUCAGACACCUGCAACUCACGAGACACAGGCGAAUGCACUGAUGAACGAGCCAAGUUACCACAUCAACAAGACCGCUUUAACUGGCCGUGCACUGACAUAGCAGCAUGUACGUAGUUGUGAUGCACUCUCAAUAGCCUAGAUUCUAAAGGCUGUCUGGAGAAUAUUCUAGAAAAGUAGUCGUUGAUUGUGUUAGCAUGAAGACUUUAAAUACACUGAUUGCACCCGAUAAUGGCCAAACAGCGCUUACAUUUGAACUGUUACUUUGAACUAGUUGAACCGUUAUAUAAGUGUUGGUGUAGCCUGGAAGCCACAGCUGUUGACAAAAAAAAAAUGUUUAACCAAUGUUUCUGGGUAAGCUUUUAAUGAAGUGAAAUAUCUGAGUGAGUGGUGCUGGUCUUGUCAGACCCUAUUAGGUUGUUAUCUGUGAGACAAUAUGAAUUUGCAUGAUUAGUUUUAACAUGCACCCACCCAUGAGAGUGUUGGCUAGAACACAGUGACCCAUUCUACACACACACACACACACACACAAUCGCAAACACACACUUGUUUCCCGGACUGGAUAAGAAAGCUAUUGAAGGAUUCUCUCAGGAAAAAAUAACAUUUUCUAAAUAAAUGAUGAUAAACAUUAGAUGAAC